AUGGACCGCAGCCUUGACGAGAUUAUCGCAGAGGAUUCAUCGCGCAAACAGACCCGUCCCUCUGGCGGUCGACGCAAUCCACCUCAAAAUCGCCGGCAGGGCGAUCACGGUGGCGUUAGAAAGGUAGCUUCCCUCCUUCGCAAAGCCGCAAACCCCGAGAUCGAUCUUACUGUCACACCUCACAAACCCUAUUCACCCGUGGACCGCGUUGAUCUGAACCUUGACUGGGUGCAUGAUAAGUUCGACGGUGGGCGUGAUGCACGUGGAGCUCGUGGCUCUCGCCCCCGCCGUACAAACUCGCCUGAUCGCAGCGGUCGCGCCUUGACCAAGGUCCGCGUUGAGAACCUUCACUACGACAUUACCGAAAGCGACUUGGAGGACCUCUUCGGACGCAUCGGCCCCGUUACCGCCCUUUCCCUCGUCUAUGACCGCGCUGGACGCUCCGAGGGCGUCGCCUACGUCACAUACCAACGCCUGGGCGAUGCCCACGAGUCUAUCCGCGAAUUCGAUGGCGCCAACGCCAAGGGCCAACCCAUUCGCCUCAGCCUCGUUCCCGGCCGCCGGGAACGAAACCCUGAUCGCAACACCCUUUUCGACCGCGUAGAGCGCCCUGGCCGUGACUCGCGCAGCCAAAGCCCUGGUGGUGAGGAGGGCGCAGAUGGCUCCCGCCGUAGCCGUCGCAGUGACGUCUCCAAACCCGCUCCCGAUGGAAUCGACCACUAUAUCCCCGGAUCCCGCCAGCGCUCCCCUCGUCGGGGUGGUGGUGGAGGUCGUCGUGGUGGCCGUGAUGGUCGGGAUAACCGGGGCCGCAAUGAGAGAGGAGGUCGUCGUGGGGCAGAUGACCGUCCCCGCAAGACGCAGGAGGAAUUGGAUCAGGAGAUGGAUGACUACUGGGGUGGAAACAACGCCGCGACCGAGACUGCUGAGAAGCAACCCGAGACUGCUGCCGCACAGCCUCAGGCUGCUACGGCCUCAGCGGCUGCUCCUGCUGCGCCUGCUGCCGCAGAUGACGACAUUGACAUGAUCGAGUAA